AUGCCAGCCGGAUAUGCUGCACUUCCAAACCGUCGUUUGCAUCCUGAUGAGGACGAACUAGAAGCUGCAUUUGAGGCAAGUGAUGAUGAAGAUGAUAGAGAUGUCCAUAAUGCAGAGUCUCGUCCCUUGAACCCUGAUUCUCAUCCCUUCGCCACUACGAACACUGUGCAGCCCGUACAUACACGGAUGCAAAGCACUUCUGCACCAGGGACGUACAAUUUCGAGGCAGUAGACUAUGAUUGUCCUCCACCAGGAUCACCUCCAUCGAACGCCUGGGGCAAUUCAAACGGAGUCAUUCCGACUUCCCCUGUCCUCCGUCCUCGGGCUCCUGGCCAGGGUUCAAGCUGGGUGAGGCGAAUCUUACCUGCAAGCGUAGCUGACAGACUGGUUGGGGGUGAGCGGAGACCACGUAGACUCGCUGGAGGCGGCGUUGAUGGUGUAUUUGCUAAUGUCACUGCGAAGCCAACGGCUCCUCGUCAGAUUCAAGAGGGCGAAGAUAUUUAUGUCGUACCGGAGGACGCGCAGAAAGAUGCCCCUCCGUCGUACGCCGCAGCUCAAGCAGAUGCUGUUCCUCCGUACUGGGAAACUACCGUACAUGCGCCCUCUUCUCUUUCACCAGGAAUGAUGGUCCCUGGCGAGUUGCCCAUCGAGGGUCUCGCAACAGGCACGGUCUUUUCCUUCCUCUGGAACAUGCUGGUCUCUAUCUCCUUCCAAUUCGUCGGCUUUCUCCUCACGUACCUCUUGCAUACUACGCACGCUGCGAAGCUCGGUGCUCGUGCAGGUCUCGGUCUUACGCUUGUGCAAUAUGGGUUCGCUAUCAAAUCGAAUAAGGAGGAUCUUGCUGCAGGAGGUGGAGAAGUUACAUGGAGCUCAAAUUCGGGCGAUACUACCAUUUCAGAACCAGUACCAACUUUUAGUUCAGUCACGGAGGCUGACACCUGGUAUGCGAAUCAUCCGAAUGGUACGAUGACAAUGGGUGAUAACAACGGUAUGAUGGGUGGUGGAUCUUUCUUUACGAGCGAUUCGACGUCCGAAUGGCUUGCAUUCUUGCUCAUGACAAUUGGAUGGUUCAUUCUCUUGAAUUCUCUCCUUGGCUUCUGGCGCAUCAAGCGUUGGGAACGAUCCAUACUUGCCUCACACGAAGAACAUCCUGACCGCCCCCCUCAAAUACCGACGAACCCCAACCACAACCGACAAAGCAGUUUCGCCCGCCAUUUCGAGCGUACUCUCGGCUUACGGUUACCCAACUUGAACAUGGCUCUCGGUCUCAAUAAUCCCGGGCGCGUCGCUGGAGAUCAACAAUUACUUUACGAAUAUGACGAGAAUUUCAACCGUACUGGGCAUGACCUCGAGCGUGGAUCAGUAGACGACGAGCAUGAGGACCGGUUAACGAUUGAAGAGGAGAUCGCCAAUGCGAUACCUGCAGAUCAUCCCGAGCGUGAGCGCCUCAUUGCAGAAGCAAUCGCGAACGAGCGGCGCCUGCAGCAGGACUUGCGGGCUGCGGGGCUUCUGUGACGAAAGAAAGGGAUGCAAAACGGAUACCAGGCUUUAGCCCUUCCCCAUGGGACCAGUUGUAUUUAUCUACACUUAGUUGCUGUGCUCGCUUCCUUCCUUUACGUUUUCCCGUGCCGGUGAUUCUUUGAUUUUUGCCAUCCAAAGUAAUUUACAAUGGUUCCCGCCGUUUACUGUUGCUGUUACUACUAGUACUACUGCCUUCUUGACCACUGUUCCGCCCCACACUGUUUAUGGUGGGACUUUGAUUUCUUGAUUUCAGAGACGGGAGAUUGAAUUGAACUUACCUGUUUUCUCGUUCACUUCCCCUCAUCCAUCCCCCUUUUCGGUCUCCCUUUGCUGGACUUUCACCCCUCAC